AUGACUUCAGUGCAUUGGACACAGGAGCACUUAACAUUUCCUGUGAAUUACUGUGACCUGGCUAAAGCAUGUGUCCACGACAACAGAAUGGUUUGUGCAACUACAGAGAAUAAUUGUAUCAGACGGACAUUUCUUGAUCAAUGUGACAUGUAUGAAUAUAACUGCGAUUAUCACGCUGACUUCCGAAAACUAACAGUACAGAGAAGCCCGUGCAACGGUGUACCAGAUUACCAAUGUUAA